AGGCUCCCUGGCCAUAAAUGGUCGCGACUGUGGCCUCGACGUUCAGCCAGGAGCCAACAUUAUUUUUGUUCUGCGGUCCGCUGCGCUGUCCACUGCUGCUCCCACGCAUACGUGCCUCUCUGUCCGGAUUUUCCUCCGUCCAUUUGCCGGGGUUUGGAGCUGUACCUGUGUCUUCCCUCAUUUUUCACCCUUUCGGGACGUUUCGGGUUUAGACUCAGGGCAUCCAAAUAUUCUGGGCUUGAGGAGGACAGCAAAGUCAGCCCCCUGCCUAAGAGAGCCAAGCCAACCUACUUGGCUUUGGACAAGGAGAACCAGAUCAUUGGCUACGUUGUUCCCAUCUUCAGAGGCAGUGAGGAAUUGGUCAGUGGUCUGUCAGACACAGAGGAGGCACGUGUGAAGGAGAGCGCCGCACACAUUGCUCGCAGAAACCUGUUUUCCAGUGAGGUGGAGGCCCAGCACUUGGAGCAGACCUCGAGGAAAUACGCCAUCAGAGAGUCGGCCGAGCGUAUCUCCCUGAACAAGAUGAUCUUGGAGAAGGAUGAGUACCACCGGCGGAUGAAUGAGGACAACCUGCAGCAUGCCCCCGACUUUGUGAUCAAGCCACGCUCCCACACGGUGUGGGAGAAGCAGUGUGUGAGGUUGCACUGCACAGUGACUGGCUGGCCUGAACCACGGGUUGUCUGGUACAAAAACAAUGUCACUAUUGAUCCCAUGGCCCACCCUGGCAAGUAUAAGAUAGAGAGCAGCUACAACGUACACUCUCUGGAGAUCAACAGAUGCGAUUUCGAUGACACCGCACAGUAUCGAGUGUCUGCCAUGAACUCUAAAGGGGAGCUCUCUUCCUUCGCCUCCAUCGUGGUGAAACGGUUCAAAGGAGAAGUGGAUGAGUUUCUUCCUGCUCCGAGACAACAUGCAUUCUGUUCCGAAUAUGGUGUCACCUUCGAGACACACAUUGUAGACAAGUUUGGCGUGUCCUUUGGCCGAGAGGGCGAGACGAUGAGCCUGGGGUGUACGGUGAUCAUCUACCCCACCAUCCAGCGCUACCAGCCUGAGGUCCAGUGGUUCAGGGAUGAUGUGCUGCUGAAGCCCUCCAAGUGGACACACAUGCACUGGAGUGGGAACCACGCAACUCUCACACUCACACACCUCAACAAAGAGGAUGAGGGUCUGUACACCCUGCGCGUCACCACCAAGUCUGGCUACGAGACCCACUCUGCCUAUGUCUUUGUCAGAGAUGCCGAGGCAGAGCUGGAAGGGGCACCUACAGCCCCCCUGGACGUGCAGUGCCAAGAUGCCAAUAAGGACUACGUUAUCGUCACGUGGAAACAGCCAGCUGUAGAUGGGGGCAGCACCAUCCUGGGCUAUUUUGUGGACAGGUGCGAGGUGGGGACCACCCACUGGAUCCAGUGCAAUGACACCCCGGUAAAAUUUGCCCGCUUCCCUGUCACGGCCCUGGUGGAGGGCCGCUCCUACAUCUUCCGAGUGCGUGCCGUCAAUAGGGCAGGCACAAGCCGGCCAUCCCGUGUAUCAGAGCCGGUAGCUGCCAUGGAUCCUGCUGACCGUGCACGCAUGAAGGGUCACACCUCCGCUCCCUGGACCGGACAGAUUAUUGUUACCGAGGAGGAACCUGCAGAGGGAGUAGUGCCUGGAAAACCUCGUGAUUUGGCUGUCACAGAGGCAACCAAGAAUUAUGUGGUACUCAGCUGGAGGCCACCUGGACAGAGGGGACAUGAGGGAAUCAUGUACUACGUUGAAAAGUGUGUGGCAGGAACAGACAGCUGGCAGAGGGUCAACACUGAGAUCCCAGUGAAGUCCCCUCGCUUUGCGCUGUUUGACCUCUCGGAGGGCAAAUCCUACCGCUUCCGUGUGCGAUGCUGCAACUCAGCUGGGGUUGGAGAACCAUCUGAACCCACUGAGGCCACCACAGUUGGGGACAAACUGGACAUCCCUUCUGCACCGGGGCGUGUGGUGCCCACCAGGAACACAGACACAUCAGUGGUGGUAUCCUGGGAGGAAUCCAGAGAUGCAAAGGAACUUGUGGGGUAUUACAUCGAAGCCAGCCUGGCAGGCAAGAAUGCCUGGGAGCCCUGCAACAAUAAGCCAGUGAAAGGCACCAGGUUUGUGUGCCAUGGCCUUACAACAGGAGAUAGCUACAUGUUCAGAGUGCGAGCUCUGAAUGCUGCUGGACUCAGCGAUUAUUCACAAGAAUCAGAGGCCAUUGAGGUCAAGGCUGCCAUAGCAUCCCCAGCCCCACCAUAUGGCAUCACUGUUCUGGAGAGUGUUCGUGACUCCAUGGUGCUGGGGUGGAAGCAGCCUACUUUCAUCGGCGGAGCUGACAUCACUGGCUACUUUGUGGACUACCGGGAGGUCGUAGAUGGUGUCCCUGGCAAGUGGCAUGAAGCCAACAUCAAGGCUGUCAGCGAGAGGGCCUACAGGGUGACAGACCUGAAAGAGAAUAAGUUCUAUCAGUUCCAGGUGCGUGCAGCCAACAUGGCGGGCGUAGGCAUUCCCUCCCAGCCCAGUGACAUAUUCAAAUGUGAGGAGUGGACCAUUGCUGUACCAGGACCACCUUAUGACCUCCAGCUGUCGGAGGUCCGCAAGCACUCCCUGGUGGUGCUGUGGAAGCCCCCAGUGUACCAAGGCCGUGACCCUGUCAAUGGCUAUUACAUUGACAUUAAGGAGGCAGAUGCACCAGAGGAGGACUGGAAGGGUGUCAACGAGAAAGCAACAGGCAAGACGUACAUGAAGAUUGAGAAGCUGAAGGAGGGUGUGUCAUACGUGUUCCGUGUGCGUGCACAAAACAAGGCCGGGGUGGGCAAGCCUUCACAGGUGACAGAACCUGUUGUUGCACAGACCCGCCCAGGCACCCAAGAGAUUGUGGUGAACGUCGACGAUGAAGGUGUGAUCUCGAUGAACUUUGAGUGUACUCAGAUGACGGCGGACUCACAAUUUGUGUGGUGCAAAAAUUAUGAGGAGAUUACAGACUCUACCCGCCUGACUGUGGAAACCAAGGCAGGGAAGUCAAAGGCUUCAUUUAAGACUCCAGACCUGGAAGACCUGGGCAUCUACUCCUGCUUGGUGACCCACACUGAUGGUGUCUCUGCUAGCUACACCCUGACCGAGGAGGGCUUGAAGGAUCUGCUGAAGAUCAGCCACGAUCACAAAUUUCCCAUUAUCCCCCUCAAGUCGGAUCUGGCUGUGGAGCUGCUGGAGAAAGGCAGAGUGCGCUUCUGGCUGCAGGCCGAGAAGAUCUCUCCCAACGCCAAACUCGACUACGUGUUUAAUGAUAACAUCCUCACCCACGGAGAGAAAUACAAGAUGAACUUCGACAAGAACACUGGUAUCAUCGAGAUGUUCAUGGAGUCGCUGGGGCCUUCUGAUGAGGGGACCUACACCUUCCAGCUGAAGGAUGGGAAGGCCACCAAUCAGUCCAGCCUGGUGCUCAUUGGGGAUGUGUUCGACAACCUCAGAAAGCAGUCCGAGUUUCAGAGGAAGGAAUUUUUUAGAAAGCAAGGUCCUCACUUUGUGGAGUUCCUCAGCUAUGAGGUCACCCCAGAGUGUUGUGUGGUGCUGAAAUGCAAGGUGGGGAACAUUAAGAAGGAGACGGUGGUCAUUUGGCAGAAGGACGAAAGGGAGCUGAAAGUGGAUGAGAAGUUGUCUUUCACCGAGGGGGUGCUGACCCUGGAGAUCUCCAAGCUGGGUACAGCUAGAGCUCCCGGGACGGAGGGAACAAUCUCCAAGAAAGACCAGGGUAUUUACAAAGUCAUAGUGAAGGAUGACCGAGGAACGGACACCUCUGUGCUGAAACUGACUGACCAAGGUUUCAAAGACUUGAUGAACAAAGUGUUCAGCGUUAUCGCCAAUUCUGCCACCCCCUUGAAGAUCCAGAGCACUGCAGAGGGCAUCCGACUCUACACCUUCGUCAACUACUACAACGACGAGCUCCAUGUGACCUGGCACUACAGGGAUGCAGCCAUCGCCUUCACAGAGCGGAUCAAGAGUGGUGUGGUUGGAGAGCAGCUCUGGCUGCAGAUCAGUGAGCCCACAGAGAAGGACAAGGGCAAGUACGCCAUCGAGUUCUUCGACGGCAAGGGUGGUGUCCGGAGAACAGUGGAGCUGUCUGGGCAAGCAUUCGACGAUGCCUACGCAGAAUUCCAGAGGCUCAAGGCGGCUGCGAUCGCAGAGAGAAAUCGAGCCCGCGUUGCUGGAGGCCUGCCAGACGUGGUCACCAUCCAGGAGGGCAAGGCCCUGAACCUCACCUGCAACAUCUCGGGCGACCCGGUCCCAGAGGUCACCUGGUUGAAGAACGAGCGGGAGCUGGUGUCCGACAACCACUACAUCCUCAAGUUUGAGUCGGGCAAGUUCGCCAGCUUCACCAUCACCCAGGUCAACACGUCCGACUCGGGCAGGUACAGCAUCCUGGUGAAGAACAAGUACGGCACAGAGAGUGGAGACUUCACCGUAAGUGUCUUCAUUCCGGAUGACCAGGAUCUAGCCAAGGCCGGCAAGAAGGACAAAAAAUAAACAGCUAACCCUAUAACUUUAACACAUGUGUACGUUCUAAAAGUGUAAAGAAAAAAACAAAUAUAUUGAUUAUGCAAAAAUUGGAACAAUGGUUCAGAAAAGUUUUUAUUGUUAUUCCCUAAUGUGUGAACUUUCUUCCCUGCAAAUGAAAUUCUGCAGGAUUGUGGGGUAAAAGCAAGAAAGCAAGAGUAACUGCAACAUUAAUAGAUGGUAGUUGUUACUCAGCCCAUUGAAAAACUGGAUUAGAAAGUCUGGUCUGGUUCUGAGAAACAUCCUGUAGUCACAUGUCUAGUUACCUCUUCACCCCUUGGCCUCUAGUAAAACAUUUACCAGCGAUUAAAAACC